AUGUCUCGGUCUUCCGGCCCGUCCGGCCCAGAGACGAGCGCUGGUCCGGGCGGAGGCGUCGGAGGCGAUGGGGAUGCAGGCAGCGGGGAAGCCUUCGGCUUCGAGGCUUGGGCACAUGCCGGGCCUGCGGAUGGCGCUGCGGGAUCUGCAGGGGCCGUCGAGUCCUGGCCGAGUUGGCCGAGCGCUGAUGGCGCAGCGGGGAGCGCGGAGCGCGCCGAGCGCAGCUCGGAUCGAACGGAAGCCUUCAGAGCCGGGGAUGGGGCAGCGGGAUUGGCUGGAGAACGCGAGACGGACGCGCACCCUCCGUCUCGUCGCGGACCAUCAGGGCACCUCGGUUCAUCAGGAGGCGGCGAUGGUGCUGCUGGUAGAAGCGGUGGAAGCGAGUCCGAAGUCGGACACGUUUCGCAGUCCUUGGGUGGAGAUGGUGCUGCAGGCCGUGCCCGUGAAGGAGAUUUUGGUGGUGGAGCUCCCAGCGUGAGCCCAGAAGCUCCGAAUGAGGGCCAUCCGAUGCCAGACGAAGCGGACCGUGCUGCGGCACCACCUGCUGGGAUCUCGCAAGGGCAGCCCCGCCAAAUUCACGAACAAGAAUCUGAGGAGUUUUCGCCAGACUCCGCGUCGCAGGACUUCGAAGAUGUCCAGCCGCAGUCCUUGGACGAUGCUUUGCUGUCUCUUGUCAGCCACAAUGGUCGGGGGCAUGAUCGCCAACAAAGUGGUGAGCGUGAGGGCUCGGUGCCAGAGUUCGAUGUGUCCGAGGCACCCAGCAGGAGCUCUUCCGACUCGAGCUGUGCGCGCGAGGAAGCUGUGAUGUGA